UGAUAACAUAACGCAAGAGACAGAAAUUAAUUAAGCACGUGUUUGUUUGCCGCAAGACAGAAAUUAACUUGGAUGAGGAGAGACAAAGAGUACGAGCGUGUGCUAAGCUACUUCGACGACGACGGUGACGGCAAGAUUUCGGCGUCUGAGCUAAGGAAGCGUUUGGGUGGCGAGGUUCUGUUGAAGGAAGCGGAAAUGGCGAUUGAGGCCUUGGACUCCGACGGUGACGGGUUGCUGUGUUUGGAGGAUUUGGUGAAUCUCAUGGAGGAAGUGGGAGAGGAGGAGAAGUUGAAGGACUUAAGGGAAGCCUUUGAUUUGUACGACACUGAACGUUGUGGCUUCAUCACGCCCAAGGCCUUGAAGAGGAUGCUCCACAAAUUGGGGGACUCCAAGUCCACCAAAGAGUGCAAAGCCAUGAUUAGUGCCUUUGAUUUGAACGGGGAUGGCAUGCUUAGCUUUGAAGAAUUCACAAUUAUGAUGAACUGAAAUCUUAUGCUACUUGUACAUUCAUUCUGCCACUUUAGUUCGUCUGUCUAUAGUUUGGUUUGGUGGAUUAAUUAAUUGAUUUGUUUCUACAUUGUCUUA